AUGCAAGCUGGCCCCGUCGGAUCUUCGCGCCUGGCUCCGCUCCUGCAGGCGGCCUCGAUGCCGUCCGAGCCGUACUCGGCCCCGCACACGAUCCGUACCAUCCGUCUGCCGUCACUGGCACCACGUUUGCCCACCCUACCCAGUCUCAUGAGCACGCUCGCGGCGCAGAACGGCUACGCCUCAUCGGCCACCUCGUCGCCAACCCGCACGUCGUCAUCGAUCUCAUUCCUGCUGAACCCGCCUGCUCGCCAAGCCGCGAACGCGCAGCACCACCUCAACCAGCAGCAGAUGUACGCACCCGCUGCCUCGACGGCGCCGUCCACCAUCCUGUAUCACCCGUACGCGAACUCUGCGUCGUCGAUGCCGAUGACCACAAGAAUGAUCCAGCCGCAGGAAGUGAAGCCGCAGCCCAAGAAGAAGCGCAAGACGCGCAUCUGCAAGUCGGAGGGCUGCGAGAAGUACGUGGUGGACCGCGGGCUGUGCAUCCGCCACGGCGGUGGCAAGCGCUGCUCCGUGGAAGGUUGCAACUGCCGUGCGCAGAACCGCGGGCUGUGCUGGAAGCACGGCGGCUACACUCGCUGCACGGUGGAGGGCUGCACGAAGCGUGCCAAGUCACGCGGCAUUUGCUGGUCGCACGGCGGCGGCACUCGCUGCAAGCACGGCGGGUGCUCCAAGAUCGCGGUGUCGCACGGCCUGUGCUGGGCGCACGGCGGUGGCAAGCGCUGCCUGGUGGAGACGUGCCAGAAGCCGGCGUACAUGAAAACUGUAGAGAGCAAGAGAAUAUCAAACACCAGACACAUUCAACGUGAACGUACUUGUUGGGUUCUACGUGUGUACCUUGAAAUGCAAGGUCUACUAGCUUUAACACGCUCACGCCAAAUGGAUGCAUGCUGCACUUCAUGCAACGCACGUCGUUGA